AUGAGGUCCUCCUUGCUGUUCAGCCUUUUGGGCUGCGCACUUCUGCUCUGCACCUCUUCUGUCGCCAUCUUUCCGUUCAAAUCAGCCCGCUUCACAGCCAACGGUCUGGUCUCUGCAGGAAGUUUAGGACUGGGACCUUCGGAUGGAGCCGUGGUCAGCUUGGGAGACUUUGACGCGGAUCAAUUUGUCGACUACGUCACCCUCUCUCCCGACUCUGCGACGAUCAAGGUCUGGACUUGGGAUCAUCUCGGUUUCAAAUUCCGGACCGAGCCGUACGCGACGCUGAAAGCUCCGUCUGGCUGGUCAGUCGUGAAUGUGGUAUCUGCAGACUUUGACUACGAUGGCAGGCUCGAUGUUCUGCUCGUCCUCAAACAGUACGGCAGCCGCAUGUCUGAUCACAGCGAGACGCGCCUGCAACUGUGGAUUGGCGACUCGGCCGGCGGUUUUAAAGCGUCCCCGAUCGAGCUACCUAGUGCUGGUGAUGCACAGCCCCUCAUCUUUGAUGACACGGGAGAUAUGAAAGUGGACCUGCUGGGCCAGGCUUGGGCUAGUCCAUCCGCGAGCGACAGUGCAUCUUCCGGACUCAAAAUCUGGCGCAACAAUCUCGGCGAACCGAACGGAAGCUUCGCAAUGUGGGUCUGCCCAUGUGACAGCGAGAACGCCCCUUUGCAGCACGCUCCUGGCACUGCUGGCUGCCGAUUAGCCAGCCCUCACAGCUCAGCUUUCAUAGACUUAGAUGGAGACUGCUUGGCAGACCUGUUCCUCGUUUGCGAAGGCGAAGGUGGGCGGACGAGGUACGAGGUACAUACCGCGUCCAAACCUAACAAAUCUGAGCCUUUCAAGCUGAGCUUGAGUGGUCAUCUACCGAUGGGAGCGGGCGCACUAAGUUUUGCAGACAUGGAUAGAGAUGGGACCAUGGAUGUGGUCUUUCCCGCCUGCGACUCGAAAGGAUGCUCGAUCAACAUUGCGCACAACCGGCAAAUGCCUCUAUGCAAGCAGGAAGGGGGCUGGCUCGGACCCGGACCUGGCGGACCUACAAAGUCCCAAAGCAAACUUCAAAAGGCCGCCGCGAACGUCAGUGCGAGACAGUCGACUUGGUCUGCGCGCGAUGCCUCCUCGCUUGCCGAUCCUUCCGAUGCGUCGAGCAGGAGAAUUACUUGCCGGACGCCAGAGAGCCUCUGCACUAAGGACGAGGGCUUUUCUUUUGAUUUUGAAGUCGGAUCUGCCAACUCUGACAUCACCACGCUACCGCUGACAGCGAUAGUGCCAGAAGCAUUUCUAGCGCUGGACAAUACCUUGGCUUCUCCCGCAGUGCCGCUCGCGUUGUCCAUAGGAGACUUCAACAAGGACGGUUUUCCGGAUUUGGUAAUCGUCACACUUCCCGAUCACAAUCGUCCGGAUCAUACGCGUGUCAGACUGUUAAAAAAUGUCGCUUGCUCACCUGGCAAGUCGGGCUGUCCACCAGAGGGAUGGGAAGCGAGCAGGACCUUUGAGAUGGUCACAAUAGGUGCAGAGGUGCUGGAAACGUUGGACGACGUCAGAAGCGCCACCUUUUUGGAUAUCGAUGAGGACGGAACCUUGGAUCUGAUGCUGCAACGACAGGUAUCGGCCAAAGGCGGCGCUCGAGGCGCUGCUACCACGGUCACGUUUGUGCAGAACAAUUACUUUCACGACGCCUUCUUUUUGAAGGCGGUAACGCUGAAUGGGGCGUGCAUCGGAUACUGCGAGCCCAGCGACGGACCGCGCUUCAAGCCUCGAGCUGUGAACUAUGCGGGCGCAUCGUACAAAUUCACAGUGCUCGAUACGAACGGUGUGCGACGAGCUCAGCAAGUCGGCCAACUUCCACAACACACGUAUCGAUCGCUGCAACCGCCUUACUCUUAUUUUGGAUUGGGCCGGACGAACAAUUACGUCGAGAGCCUUUUCGUUGGCAGCACGCGCAGACAGCCGCAGCACUUCUUGGCUAUGGAAGGAGUGGUGCCCAAUAGUCAUGUAGUCGUUGUGCCGUGGCAAGAUGCGAACGCUCCUGACGGUGGAGAUCCCGGUCAGUGGCACAAGGAGCUCUAUCUGAGCCCGGCGGACUGGAUACCUGCCGUCACUGCUGUGCUGGUCUGCCUCAUCUUGCUCCUCGCGACCAUCGUCUUUGUGCUCCACAUGAAUGAGAGGCGAGAGGAUGAGAGGGAACGCAAACGCGCUGUGCACGCUAUCAAUUUUGAUGCCCUGUAA